UAUGACGUUUGUCAAGACACUUAUUUGUAUACAGCUGUAGUGUGCAACACGUGCGUACUCGUGAACACAUGUAUCGUUGGUACAUUCGUCGUUUUUAUCCUAAUUUUUGGCAACAUGGGGGUCCACGAUAACGCAGAUUCGAAAUAUAUCGUUAUGGGUAGUUCGAAUUUUUCGAAAUUAGCACCGAAACGUCCUACUACCGUGGUGUUCAACGAUAGCCCAACCAAAAUCUCAAAACACGAAGACAGUCAACAAAACGUUCAGACAGAAAACGUGGAUAAAGGAAGCAUUACUUUACAACAACAAAGGAAGUCUUUACCAGUCUAUAGGCUUCGGAAGCGGUUGCUCGAAGAGAUUCGCAGGAACAGCACUCUGAUCAUCAUCGGCGAGACGGGGAGCGGGAAGACAACGCAAAUCCCCCAACUGCUGCUCUCGUCCGGCAUAGCUGGCUGCACCGGGUGCAUAGGUAUCACCCAACCGCGGAGAGUGGCCGCGGUGAGCGUUGCCCGUAGGGUUGCCCAAGAGCAGGGCGUGGAGGCCGGCAAAUUGGUCGGUUAUUGCGUCCGUUUCGAAGACGUGACGUCAUCUCAAACGAGGAUCAAGUAUCUGACCGACGGGAUGAUGGUCCGCGAGGCGAUGACCGACGAGAUUUUAUCGGAUUAUUCGGUGGUGAUCCUCGACGAGGCCCACGAACGAUCCGUCCAAACGGACGUGUUGUUAGGGGUGGCGAGGAGGGCGCAGAAUUUACGAAAGCUGAAGAACCUGCCGCCGUUGAAGCUGCUCGUUAUGUCGGCCACGAUGGACGUGGACAAGUUCACCAAAUAUUUCCAAGCGCCGGCGGUGUAUUUGGAGGGUCGUCAGCAUCCGGUGAAGAUUUAUCACGCCGUCAAGUCGCAGGAGGAUUACGCGUUCUCCGCACUCGUCACCGCCUUCCAGAUUCAUCGCGACAACCCUGCCAACGAGGACAUUCUCGUCUUUUUAACCGGGCAAGAGGAGAUAGAGGCAGCGGCAGUGAGCGCUAGGCAAGUAGCUAAACAGCUGGACGGCCAGGGUUAUCCGUCGUUGAAGGUGUUUCCGUUGUAUUCCGCUUUGCCCACGCACCAGCAAUUGGAAGCCUUCAAACCAUCCCCACCUGGAAUGAGAAAACUGAUUUUGUCCACGAACGUAGCCGAAACUUCCGUCACCAUUGGCGGAAUUCGACACGUGAUCGACACGGGGGUGGUGAAAGCGAGAACUCAUCACCCGACCACCGGAUUGGAUGUGCUGAGGGUUGAAAAAGUGUCAAAGGCACAGGCGUGGCAGAGGACGGGGAGAGCGGGGCGGGAAGCGGCCGGCAAAUGUUACAGAACGUACACGAAGGAGGAAUUCGAGAGGAUGAAGGAGAUGCCUGUGCCGGAGAUACAAAGGUGUUCCCUCGCGGGAGUAGCCCUCCAGCUGCUCGCAAUCGGGGUUGAUAUCACCACCUUUGAUUUUAUGGACAAACCGCCCAAGGAGGCUGUCGACGUCGCGGUCACCUGCCUCGAAAAGUUGGGCGCCGUUAAGGGUUCACCGCCACAGUUGACUACUCUCGGAAGGACGAUGUCCCUGUUCCCGUUGGACCCGCGAUUCACCAAGGUGAUUCUCGCAUCUGUGGAGCAUCAGUGCCUCGAAGAAGCCCUCACGGUUGUCUCUCUAUUGUCGGGAGAGUCUGUUUUCACCGACCCACCCGCGAAAAGGCAGCAGGCUUACGUCGCCAGAUCAAGAUUCGCCUCACCCGAGGGAGACCACGUCACGUUGCUGAACGUUUUUCGCGGGUACACGAACACGAAGCAGAAGAAGGUCUGGUGUCACGACAACUUUCUGCAUCACAGGAAUCUGGAAUACGCGGUGGAGGUGCGACACCAGCUCGCCGCGUUGGCGGACCGCGCGAAUUUGGAGAGGGCGAGCUGCGGAACGAGCACCGACCGAUUGAGGAAGGCCCUUCUCGAGGGCCUCUACGAUAAUCUCGCCGAAUUGCAGAGGGACCAGACUUACGUCACGGUGAGCUCGAAGCAGCCGGUCUCUAUACAUCCUUCCUCCACGUUGCACGCCAGCAAACCACCGUUAAUAUUGUUCACGGAGGUUAUAGCCACGGGGAGAUGUUAUAUCCGCGGUUUGUCCGUCAUCGACUCCUCGUGGUUGACCGAAAAAGGCUUCAAUGCAGCUGGGAAACACGACUAGAGAUGGGGAAAAGAUCGGUAAUUGCGAUUCAAUCGUUUUUUCCCUUCUUUCUCCCCUUCCUUUAUUUUCCCCUUUUUUAACGUUUCGAUCUCGUUUUAAUCAAGAGGAAUUGACACGACUUGUUUUUAUACCCUGUACAGCUCUUUAAUAAAAGCGAUGGUUGUCU